ACAUUAGACUUAGACUUAGACAAACUUUAAUGAUCCACAAGGGGAAUGGUUCCACACAGGAGCUCAGUUAUAAAGGAUGGAAAGGAUAAUGCUGUCAGGUAGUGUUGGUGACCAACCCCAAGACACAGAGAUGGCAGGCUGGAUGCAGGAAAACGUGAUUUAAUGUCCAAAAGAAAAUGCAGGAAAACACCAGGAAACUGGAAACAGCUAGCAGGAUAAAGCUAACAGGAAAUUAAGAAACAAGGAGCUAGGAGACAGCAAAUAGCUAUCAGGAACCAGCAAACAGGAACAGCUCAUAGCAAACAAUACUCCAGCCCUGACCGGAGGGCGAGGCAGGUAUAAAUUGCCUGGUCGCAAUUGCCACCAGGUGUGCCAGACUGCCAAUCAGGUACGGGUGAGGGGACCGAGCGAAAGGAAACAGAGGGAAAACUAAAACAUAACCAAACUGACAAAUGCACAAAAAGAGGGCAAAAACAAAAGGUAUGAGGUAUUCGUGAGCAGCAAUGAUCAUCAAGAUAAGCCAGAGAAGGAGCAGUUACCAUGGAAACCGGAGUCAAAAGGGACAUAGACAACCCAACCCAUCUUUGGAACAGUUUACCAGACUUUGUGGAGAAGGAGAAAAACCAUUUUGUGAGGAGCCAGAGGAAGGAAGCACUAUGUCUCCGCUCUCUGCUUGCGGCCAUGAAGGAAUUCUAUUUCUUUGCUUCAAACAAUGGAAAAAAAAUCUCAGACGGGGAAUCUGAAAAUUGUCAACGAGUUGGCAAACUUUAUCAGAAACUAAACAAACUUAGGUAAGAAAAACAAUUCUCCUCCCUUUCGAUCGGCAAACAGGUCUGACUUGAAUGUCCGUAUUGGAGUCGAGGAAGUACUUUAGCUGCUUCAAUCAUUCAAGAACCGACUUUGAGCGACCUGCACCUCAUUCUCCCUCUUGGCAAAAACAUGAUGGCUAUCGGAGUGGUGGUCCUGGACAAAGACCACUUCAACUGCUCGGUGUGCCUGGAUGUCCUGAAGGAGCCAGUGACCAUUCCAUGCGGCCAUAGUUACUGCUCCGACUGCAUCCGCAGCUGCUGGGACAAAGAAAACAACUUUAGGGUCUUUAAGUGCCCUCAAUGUCGAAAGACUUUCGACCCGAGGCCAGAGCUCGGCCUAAACACCUUACUGGCUGACAUGGUGGAGUGGUUUAAGCAAAGUGAACUCCAGGAGGCGUUGGUGGGUCCAAGUCUGGCGAAGAGGAAGCACAGGGCGAUCAGCCAGGCCAUGCGACAAGUACUGAAUAAAUUAGAGCCGGACGAGCAGGAAUAUCUCCAGGAUGAGUUGGAUUCCAAGGGACAAGAGACAAGGGUGUACAGAAUGGCUUUUCUCACGGCAGAGAAGAAGCAACUCAAGGGGCAGAAGACGCAUAUGGAGACGAUGCUGAUUAAACAUCAGAAAGUCUUGGAAAAGACCAAGAACAAGGCAAGGGAUAUGGUGGAAAAUGCACGGGAGAUGGUGGAAAAUGCGCGGGAGAAGGAGGACGAGGACAAGGUGACGGUGGGAAAGGCGAGGAAGAUGUUGCAGAGGCGCGAAAAGAAAGCCAUCGAGAUGACGGAUUUGAGUCAGGCUGAAGUGGACGGACAUCAAAAGGAGCUGGACCAGAUCGUGAGGAAGUUGAAGGACAACGACAAGGAGUAUGAAGAGCUGAUGCGAGAACACCUCGAAGGGCUCCAUGCAGGGGUUGGGAAUGUUGCUCCACCAUGUUCCGACGAGCUUGGAGAAGGCGAGGCUCCAAGGGACGAGGCUCUGAGCUGCGAGGGUCCGAGGGAGGAGGCUCUGAGCUACGAGGGUCCGAGGGAGGAGGCUCUGAGCUACGAGGGUCCGAGGGACGAGGAUGAGCCGGUCCUAGCAAAGAAGGCUAAGAGCAUGACUUAAAGUCCUAGGUUGAUCCAACAUCUCUCCAGUCCGUGCUCGCUGUCACAAAGCUCAUUUAUUCUUUCUCAGUCUACACAUUGGAAUCGGCUAUCGUCUCAUUUCCUACUUAGACCUCAGACCGGGGGUCGGCCUCUCGCAUCUCUUCUUGUGAGUCAUUUUGACGGUCCUUUAACUCAACACAGUUGUGCGGACCGUGACGCAACAACUUUCUCCGACGUUGCCACAGAAAGAUGUGUUUUAUGCCACUCCUUCUUUGUCUCGUUUUGUCCACCAAACCUUUUUUACUGUGUCUGAAUGCACAAAGGUGAGAUUUGUCGAUGUUAUCGACUCGUGUGGAAUGCUAAUCUGGCAUAUUGUUCUCACGGCAUGACUAACAAGCUAACCGAUGCUAACAUGCUAUUUUGGCUAGCUGUAUGUAAAUAUUGCGCCAUUAUGCCUCGUUUGUAGCUAUAUUCCAUUUCCUUUAUUUACGUCCUCUGGGUAUUUCAUUUAUUUUUGCAAAGUUUCAUUAUCUGUAUGUAAUAUUCACCGCAUUUCUGAUAGUUGUUUGUGCGCCAUGUUGUUCCAAAAUAUCGACUGUUACACAAUUGCACUUUGUGUUGGAACUUGCCUUAAUAAAACAAGAAGAAGAAGAAGAAGGAGGAGGAGACAGCCUCCCGUUUCCUGGAACUUGAGUUAUCUCACACUCUGAGAAGUUUACUAAUGUUUUCCAGUGUUGUAAAAAUGUUUAAAAUAAAUAUAACAUUUCUAAA